ACAUUCUCGGAAAGGCUUGGUUCCCUCUUCGCGGUGAGGAACUCCCUGGCAACGACUAUGUAACAUCACUGCCCGAAGAGAAACAAGGGAAGCGACCUUCCGCUCUCCGGCGCGCUUCCGUUUCAAACCCUAACUUCCGGUUCGUUAGCCGGUUCCGGUCCCCGCCUCUCACUUCCGGUCGCCUUGGAUUCCGCUGCGGUCGGUUUCUGCGUUCACCGCUGCCGGUUCCGCCGCCCUCCAGGUAUCUUUUUCUGAACAAAAGCUGCCUCAUCGUAUGUUUCAAGGAUGGCUCUUCCUAUCAUUGUAAAAUGGGGUGGACAGGAAUAUUCAGUGACCACACUUUCAGAAGAUGAUACUGUGCUAGAUCUCAAACAGUUUCUCAAGACCCUUACGGGAGUGCUACCAGAACGCCAGAAGUUACUUGGACUCAAAGUUAAAGGCAAACCUGCAGAAAAUGAUGUUAAGCUUGGAGCUCUCAAACUGAAACCAAAUACUAAAAUCAUGAUGAUGGGAACUCGUGAGGAGAGCUUGGAAGAUGUCUUAGGUCCACCUCCUGACAAUGAUGAUGUUAUUAACGACUUUGAUAUUGAAGAUGAAGUAGUUGAAGUAGAAAAUAGGGAGGAAAACCUACUGAAAAUUUCCCGCAGAGUAAAAGAGUACAAAGUGGAAAUUUUGAAUCCUCCCAGGGAAGGGAAAAAACUUUUGGUACUAGAUGUUGAUUAUACAUUAUUUGACCAUAGGUCUUGUGCAGAGACUGGGGUAGAAUUAAUGCGGCCAUAUCUUCAUGAAUUCCUAACAUCUGCAUAUGAGGAUUAUGACAUUGUUAUUUGGUCUGCAACAAAUAUGAAGUGGAUUGAAGCUAAAAUGAAAGAGCUGGGAGUGAGUACAAAUGCAAAUUACAAGAUAACCUUCAUGUUGGACAGUGCUGCUAUGAUAACAGUGCAUACUCCAAGGAGAGGAUUAAUAGAUGUAAAGCCUCUUGGUGUUAUAUGGGGAAAGUUUUCGGAGUUUUACAGCAAAAAAAACACCAUCAUGUUUGAUGACAUAGGAAGAAAUUUUCUAAUGAACCCACAGAAUGGACUAAAGAUAAGACCUUUUAUGAAAGCACACCUAAAUCGAGAUAAAGACAAAGAACUUUUAAAAUUAACCCAGUACCUCAAGGAAAUAGCAAAGUUAGAUGACUUUUUGGACCUAAAUCACAAAUAUUGGGAAAGGUAUCUCUCAAAGAAGCAAGGACAGUAGUUACAAGCUAUACUGGCAGUUAUUGAAGAUACUUGAGAUCCAUGAACUUCUUUUUGCUUUUAUGCUAAAGAUCAUUAUGAUAGUGCUGGACACUGCAGCAAAUAUCAGACUGCUUAUACUUGGUCUUCCAGUUUUUUGUAAAUUUAAUUUUAUAUUUUUUGAAGAUCAUAGCAAUACGCCAAAAAAAAAAAAAAAAAACCACCUUUUUCCCCCUGUAUGAAUAUACUGUAACUCUUGAAAAAUAUUUUCUCCAGCAUAGAGUACUAAAUUUUAUUCCCCCCACACACACAAAAAGUGGACAAAAAUGUAUGCUUAACAAUGUCAUUUUGUGACUUUGGAAAUAAGUAUGUCCUGUGUUUUUGUCUCACUGUGUUGUUGUCUAAGCCCAAACCCACCUUGAAACUACUGUUUUUAAAACCAAAAAAAGAAAAGUUUUUAGUAAGGAACCUAGUUUAGUAUGCUUAAAACCACCGAGAGUUUUUCUUAUUCCUUUGUCAUAAACACAAUUUCUCUUAUUACUCCACUACUUACAUCUCUAAAUUCUGAGCUGUCUCAGUUUGGUGUGUAUGUGUGUCAGUGUUCUUUGAGUAAAACUGGAAAACGUCUGCUCUGAUACAGAUAUGUCAUAGUGUGACAAAUAGAAAACAUGAGAUUGAGGAAUGAAACUAAGGAACAAGAGUGUGUUUCUUUGUGGUGGCCAAGUAGAAGCACUCCUGCCUAAAACCGUUGUCCUAAAAGAAGUUAAAGGCAGUACAUUUUAAAAUGGGACGUAUCACUGGUUCAGUCCUAAAAAGCAUGAACAAAAAGUUUUUGUUCUGUUCCAGCUCUGUCUUCUCUAAGUGCAAAACACUGUGUUGCAGUGAAAAUAUCUAGCCAUAAGAUUAAAAAAAAAAUUUAUUUGCAAUGCUUAUGCCUGCAGAUAUGUAAUGUGAUCACUGUUUUGUGUUGACAGUAUUGCUUUAUACAGUUCUAUUUGAAAGGAAUCUGAUUCUUUCAAAUAAACAUGGUAUGUAUUGUUCUUACGGGGGACUAUUUCAGUGGUGUAAAUAAUAAAUUCCUUUUCUUAAAAUAUCA